GCUCCUUAUUUAAACAGCCGUUUUGCUCUUCAGGGACCACCAGAACAUUUACUCAUGGACCCAUUGCCAUCAUCAUCUCCAUCAACACCACCAUCACCUGAAGGGUUCAUAUAUGUAGGACCUGCAUCUAAUUUUUUACCAUCAAAGUCAAAUGCUGAAAUGAAUGAGGACCUGAAUGAGACUGAAAAGUGUGCAGUAUCACAAACAGCAUGCGAGCGCAAGAUUGCCAAGGAUGGAGACGAAUAUUUGAUUAAAGUGGUAGAAAUCCCUCAACCCGCGGGACGGUACCCACCUCAGAAACGAGUAGCCAUUAGCUACUUUCGCAAAAAGUGGUAUGGGUUCAUCAAUAUUUGUCCACACCAAGGUUCAGCGCUCGAUCGAGGAGCGAUGGUAGACAUUGAAGACAUGGGGAUUGUCUGGGGAGCGGGCAUUACAUGCACACUACACAAUUGGACAUUUGAUGCAUCAUCAGGUCAAUCUGACUCUUCACGUUUUGUGAUCGACACAUACGAUGUCAAGGAGAUCGAUGGUCAUGUCUUUGUGAGCCAGGCACCCCGUAAUGCUCAUGUAUUAGGGCCGCGACGCGACUUUGGAGGCAGAGAGUUAAACUAAAAAAAAAAGGCUGGCACUAAAUCGGAAACGUUCUUUAGG